ACCGUACCUUUUACGUAAACUCUAUAUUUAUAUUAUUAAAUUUUAAAUAUAUGUAUAUAGUUAUAUUUAGCAAAUUCAUUGACAAAUACUCUCGCUUUGGCCAGUGAUAGAUGAACCACUGUUAAAGGCUCUCUUCUUCCGCGGACGUGGGUUCGGACCCUAUUAUUUUGUGAUUUUUUUUUGCUUCUUUAAAUUCAGAAGCAUAUGUGUUUUUAUUUUUUAUGCUUAUUCUGAACCCACAGUGUUCAAAUCCGGGCUCCACCUAUGGACUCAAAUCAUUUCCUGAUUAACAAAACCAAUAAUAGGAACACAUGAAAAGUUGGUGUCUGGUUUGUGAUAGAUGAAGUGUAGCUGAGCAAUAGCUGUAGCCAAACCGGAAGUUGAUCAAUUCUAGCCGGGGUUUACUUCAUCUGAGGGUAGUGGUAUGGAUUGCGUGCACUUUACUCUCCCUAGAGCCCACUUUGUGGGAAUUCACUGGGGAAUGGAGUGAUUUUCUUGAACAUGGGAAUUGAAGUUCGAUAUGCAAGUUUCUUGGAGACUAAAAAACUGCUCUGGCUAGUGGCAUCCGUUUUUGUUAUGGUUUUGAUCAUUCAAUAUUUUGGAUUUCCAAACGUUUAUGUUGUACCCUCAUUAUUUUCUUCAAUCAAAGGUCAAGUAACCUUUUUAGACAGCUUUCAAUCAGGUAAUUCUAGUGUGUCAGGAAACCUGACGCUUGCUAGUGUUUUAAACACUAAUGCCUCAAAUAUUGUUCAUGAAGGAAUAGCCAAAACUGAGCUGUCAAAGACAAGUGAUGGAACCGUUGAAGCCUCUAAUGUUACCAUGAUUGAGGAUACUGAAAUUGAAGACAAAUUUCUAAUUCAGGACCUAGAAUCAAACAACUUGCCAACAUUUGAAAGUGUAGGAAAAAAUAGUAGCUUAUCUACACUGCAGGUUGCUCAUGGUUCUGAAUUUGUUGUGCCAACACCUAAUAUUACAUCUGAAAAUAAUUUUGUACUAGAUAAGACAGAUAGAGACGACAUUGCUCACAGAGUGGCAAAAAAUGAAACGAUCGAUGCCAAUCCUAUACCUACAACUGAUGCACCUCGGUCAACGGUUAUCUCUCCUUUGACAUCUUCCAGCCAGAACCAAUCUUCAACAGAUCAUUCUUGCCUGAGGAAUAUUCCUGCUGUGAUUGAAAGGUCUGACAGAGCAAGAAAAAUUGUGCCAUCAAUAUCUCAAAUGAAUUAUAUGCUGCAACAAAGUCAGACUUCAUUUUGUUCAAUGAACCCACAAUGGUCCUCGGUUGUAGAUCAAGAACUAUUACGUGCAAAAGAUCUGAUCGAGAGUGCGCCUCUCUUACAGAGUGAGCCUGGAUUAUAUGCCCCUCUAUUUAGAAAUCUGUCCAUGUUUAAAAGGAGUUACGAAUUGAUGGAGCAGACUCUCAAGAUUUACAUUUACGCUGAAGGGGACAGACCCAUAUUCCAUUCUGGACCUCUUGAUGGAAUAUAUGCUUCAGAGGGCUGGUUCAUAAAGCUGCUGCAAGAAAACAAAGGAUUUGUGACUAAAAAUCCCAAAAAAGCUCACCUAUUUUAUUUGCCCAUUAGUUUUCGAUUACUAAAGAUGACAUUGUACGUGCCUGAUUCUCACAACCGUACAAAUAUAAUCCAAUUUUUAAGUAACUAUGUUGAAAUGAUUGCACAAAAGUACCGUUUCUGGAAUAGAACGGGUGGAGCUGACCAUUUUAUUGUCGCCUGCCAUGACUGGGCCCCUGCAGCGACGAAUGAAAUUAUGAGUAAUUGCAUAAGAUCUUUAUGCAAUGCUGACCUGAGAGGUGGCUUCCAGUUUGGUAAAGAUGUAUCUCUACCACAACCGAACAUGCACCGAAGGACGGACCCUCUUGCUGAACUGGGAGGAAAGCCAGCUCCCAAACGGCGUACCCUUGCUUUCUUUGCUGGACAUAUGCAUGGUUAUCUCCGCCCUAUACUGCUGAAGCACUGGGAAAACAGAGAUCCUGACAUGAGGAUUUAUGGUGAAAUAACUAAGGCAAGCUAUUUACGGCAGAUGAAGAGCAGCAAAUUCUGCAUAUGUGCCAGAGGUUCUCAAGUCAACUCACCUAGAGUAGUAGAAGCCAUUUACUAUGGGUGUAUCCCGGUGAUCUUAUCCGAUAACUAUGUGCCCCCACUCUUCGAGACUCUAAACUGGGAAUCUUUUGCUGUAUUUGUCCAGGAGAAGGACAUCCCAAAUUUGAAAAAAAUACUUCUGACAAUUUCAGAUAAGAAAUAUAAGCAGAUGCAUGGGAGAGUAAAGCGGGUGCAACAGCAUUUUCUCUGGCACAUUAAGCCUUCUAAAUAUGAUGUUUUUCAUAUGAUCCUCCAUUCAGUUUGGCACAACCGAGUUUUUGGAAUAAGACCUAGGUGAUAAAUGUACAUAUAUAGUAGAGGUUGUAGACUUGAAGCUGAAAUAAUAAAUGGCUUGCAUUAGAUAUUCGUCUUUGCUUCACUUAUAAUUUGUGUAAUAUAUAAACAGCAGAUUGGCGUUCUUAAGACAUCUAACAAGUUCAGUGUCUUUUUGUA